GGCGGGGGGCGGCCCGGCCGCGGCUGAGCCGGAGCGCGGGGCGCGCACUCGGGCGGAGCGGGCGGUGCCGCCGCGGAGCGUCCGCGGGGCCGGGGCCGAUUUCAUGCAGUUGCCUGUGACAGCUCCUGUUGAGUAAACUGAGACGGGAACAUCUUGUAUCGCCUGUUGUACCUGUACCUGCCACCAUGAGAAGUUGCAUAAGAUCUCUUUGGAUCCCUGUGUAGUUGAUUCAUGUUUCCAAACUCUUUCUUGGAACCUUCACAAGCAGCCAAAAUGAAGUUGAAGCAUAACAUCAACCCCGUUCUUUUACAGUUGAUAAACUUUAUAAUUUUGAUGUACACCCUUGUAACAUACAUUCCAUGGUACAUACUUUCAGGAUCAAAGCAGGCUAUAGAAAAAGCCAAGCAGGUUAAAGCCAGACCUGUGAAUAACAAGGCUGGGGGUGCUUACAGAUCUGUUAACAGCCUACAUUGCUUAGCUUCAGUUUUAUAUCCUGGGUGUGAUACACUUGACAAAGUUUUUAAAUAUGCGAAGACUAAAUUUAAGGACAAAAAACUCUUGGGAACACGUGAAAUCCUGAAAGAGGAAGAUGAAAUCCAACCAUCGGGAAAAGUUUUUAAAAAGGUCAUCCUUGGCAAGUACACCUGGCUUUCUUAUGAAGAUGUAUACAUUAAAGCUGUUAAUUUUGGAAAUGGCUUAGCAGUGUUGGGUCAGCAACCAAAGACUAACAUCGCUAUCUUCUGUGAGACCAGAGCUGAGUGGAUGAUUGCAGCACAGGCCUGCUUUAUGUGCAACUACCAGCUUGUCACUCUGUACGCCACCCUGGGGGGCCCGGCAAUAGUACAUGGGCUGAAUGAAACGGAGGUGACCACCAUCAUCACUAGUAAAGAAUUGAUGCAAACAAAACUGAAGGAAAUUGUAUCUCAAGUUCCACUGCUACGACACAUUAUAACAGUGGAUGGCAAACCAACAAUGUGGUCAGAGUUUCCCAAGGGUGUCAUUGUUCACACGAUGGCAUCUGUGCAAGCCAUGGGGGCCAAGGCAGAUGCUGGACACAAACAGCCGUCCAGGCCUGUGCCCUCGGAUAUCGCAGUGAUCAUGUACACAAGUGGUUCCACAGGAAUUCCCAAAGGAGUCAUGAUCUCCCAUUGCAACAUAAUUGCUGGGAUAACUGGAAUGGCUGAGAGGAUUCCAAACCUGGGGGAAAAAGACAUCUAUAUUGGCUACUUGCCUCUUGCCCAUGUUCUGGAGCUGAGUGCUGAACUCGUGUGUCUGUCUCAUGGGUGCCGCAUCGGUUACUCCUCACCUCAGACAUUGGCUGACCAGUCCUCUAAAAUAAAGAAAGGAAGCAAAGGUGAUGUUACUACACUUAAGCCAACCCUAAUGGCAGCUGUCCCGGAAAUUAUGGAUCGGAUCUACAAAAAUGUCAUGAAUAAAGUGAAUGAAAUGACGAGUUUCCAGCGGAAUCUGUUUAUAUUGGCCUACAAUUACAAAAUGGAACAGAUUUCCAAAGGUUACACUACCCCACUCUGCGACAGCCUUAUCUUCCGGAAAGUCCGAAUGCUGCUAGGUGGGAAAAUCCGCAUCCUGCUUUGUGGAGGAGCUCCCCUCUCAGCAGCAACGCAGCGGUUCAUGAACAUCUGUUUCUGCUGCCCUGUGGGACAGGGGUACGGGCUGACGGAAUCGGCCGGAGCCGGAACCAUCACGGAAGUUUGGGACUACACUACAGGAAGAGUGGGAGCACCCUUGGUCUGUUGUGAAAUAAAGUUAAUGAACUGGGAAGAAGGUGGCUAUUACAACACUGACAAACCAUAUCCUAGAGGUGAGAUCCUUAUUGGAGGGCAGAAUGUGACUGCAGGCUACUACAAAAAUGAAGCACGAACCAAAAAAGAUUUCACUGUUGAUGAGAAUGGGCAGAGGUGGCUCCAUACUGGAGACAUUGGAGAGUUUCAUCAUGAUGGGUGUCUAAAAAUUAUUGAUCGCAAAAAAGAUCUUGUAAAACUGCAGGCAGGAGAAUAUGUUUCUCUUGGCAAAGUAGAAGCAGCUCUGAAGAAUCUCCCACUGGUAGAUAAUAUUUGUGUCUAUGCAAGCAGUUUCCAUUCUUAUGUCAUUGGAUUUGUUGUGCCAAAUCAAAAGGAGCUCGCAGAACUAGCUCGAAAAAAAGGAUUUAAAGGAACCUGGGAAGAGAUCUGUAACAGUCCUGAGAUGGAAAAGGAGGUACUGAAGGUGCUAGCUGAGGCUGCCAUGGCAGCUAAUCUGGAGAAGUUUGAAAUACCAGUGAAGAUUCGUUUGAGCCCUGAUCCUUGGACCCCAGAGACUGGUCUGGUGACAGAUGCGUUCAAGCUCAAACGCAAAGAGCUCACAGCAUAUUAUCAAAUGGACAUUGAUCGAAUUCUCUGCUACCUU